CGUUGCGGAGGCUUCAAGAUGGCGGAAGCCCUGACAACUCAGGAGCAGCUGGCUGUGGAGGAGUUCCUGGGUGAGGUGCGCAGCAGGGAGCAGCCUCACAGCGCUGGGCUCGUGUCCCAACCCACAGCUGUAAAGUUUCUAAUGGCCCGCAAGUUUGACGUCUCCAGAUCCAUCGACCUCUUCCAAGCAUACAAGAACACAAGAAUAAAAGAGGGCAUCUUUAAUAUCAACCCUGACGAGGAGCCCCUACGCUCUGAGCUGCUGAGUGGCAAAUUUACAGUCCUGCCUGGCCGUGAUGCAAAUGGUGCCGCUCUAGCGCUCUUCACUGCUCGUCUCCAUCGGCCAGACGUCACCACCCACAAAGCUGUGCUGCAGGCCAUCAUCUAUCAGCUGGACAAAGCCAUAGAGAGUUUACAAACUCAAAAAGACGGCCUCAUAUUUAUUUAUGACAUGACCAACUCCAACUAUGGCAACUUUGACUAUGAGCUCUGUGUCAAAAUCCUCAAUUUGCUCAAGGGGGCUUUUCCAGCUCGUCUAAAGUGUGUUUUCAUUGUAUCAUCGCCUCUUUGGUUCCGAGCACCUUUUGCAGUCCUCCGCUUAUUUGUGCGCGAGAAGCUGAGAGAAAGGGUGUGCACAGUGAAAGCUCAUGAGUUGGCCAGUCACAUCCCCGUCUCCUCCCUCCCUGAACACCUGGGUGGGACGUCCCAGUAUAGCCACGUGGCUUGGAUCCAGUCCUGCGUUAACGCACACACAAACGCAGAUCAGGGUGACACACAAGAACAGGACACACAUGACUGUGUGGGAAGCCUGCUGCGCUCCUACAGCUUAGAGUGCAGCAACACAAGCGCAGGCGCUACUCUGCCCCACACCCAUAUAAACACACAGCUAGGUUCCGAGCUAGCCGUGGCUAACUCUAACUGCUACGACGAUAGUAAUGCUAACCCACACAACCACUGCGGAGUGGUGGAGGGCAGGACUCAAGGCCAAGGACAGUACCAGCAGAGCCCGCAGUCUGCUGCAAACAGGCCGCAGGGGAACCACCAACACUGGAACGGUUCAGCAGUGAGCGGGGACAACAUGGCGGUUAGCGGCUCCAGCCCCAACGCCAACAUUAAUGGUCGUGGCCGCCAAGCCCCUCCCCAAUCAGAUACGCCCCCUGACACACCCCUUUCCCAUAAAGAUGAUGGGGAUGAAGUGGAUGGACAGGUAGCAGAAUCUGCUGAAAGGUCUCAGAAUGAAGAUGUUAAGGAGGAGGAGGAGGAAGAGGUGGAGGAAGAAGAAGAGGAGGAGGAUGGGGAGGAAGAGGAAGGCGUGCCUCCUUUGCCCCAGAAAUCAUUGCCUCGACCCCCCCACCAGCCCUCCUCCCAGUCCCCGCCCCUGUCUUCAUCGUGGGCUCCUGAAGAUGAGGACAGCUGCAUGGAAAUGUCUAUUCACAUGCCGGAGCAGGGAGGCAUGAAUGUGCACGAUCUGGUGGAACACGUGAAGAGGAAGAAGAAGAAGGGGAUUUAUCAGGAGUACGAGGAGAUCCGAAAGGAGCCCCCAGCAGGCACCUUUGACUACUCCAAAAAACUGGCAAAUCAGAUCAAGAACAGGUACAGCGAUGUUCUCUGCCUGGACCAGUCACGGGUGCGCCUCUGCAAGUACAGUGAUGAGGAAGAUGAGACAACAGACUACAUAAAUGGCAGUUUCAUGGAUGGGUACAAGAGGACCAACGCCUACAUCGCGACCCAGGGUCCUUUGCCAAAAACUUUUGGUGACUUCUGGCACAUGGUCUGGGAGCAGAUGGUACUUAUUAUUGUCAUGACCACCAGGGUGGUGGAGCGCGGGCGUGUCAAGUGUGGUCAGUACUGGCCCCUUGAGGCUGGAAGGACUGAGCAGCAUGGAUGCUUCCUGGUCAGGAACGCACACAUCCAGGUGUUUCAGGACUUUAAACUCACUCAUCUUGAACUUUACAACGCAGAGUCUGGAGAGCGGCGGGAUGUGUGCCACUACCUCUAUGUCAGCUGGCCAGACUUUGGGGUUCCCAAAUGUGCUACAGCCAUGUUGGACUUCCGCGAGCAUGUACUAGGGAGGAGGGAGGCUGCGGUCCAGAGCCUGGGCUCCAGUUGGACUGGCCCUCCAGGGGGCCCCCCUGUGGUUGUGCACUGCAGUGCCGGCAUUGGCCGCACAGGCACGUUCUGUACACUGGACAUCUGCCUGUCCCGGCUGGAGGACAUCGGCUCAGUAGAUAUCCGUCAGACGGUGCGACGGAUGCGGACACAGAGGGCUUUCAGCAUCCAGACCUGGGACCAGUACUAUUUCUGCUACACAGCAGUCAUCGAGUAUGCCCAGCGCAAUGGAAAACUGAGCCCAGUGCAGUGGUCCGACUCAGACCUAGAGACUGACAGCGAGUGAGGGACAUACGGACGGAUAGAAUUAAAUGAAUGGGAUAACAUAAGCCGCGAUCAUAGUAACAAAAAAGUCAGGAAUGAUGAUUCAGAGGAGAACAGCAAGAGGACUCCUCUGCCACAAAAAAAAAAAGAAGAGACUGAUGAUGGAUUUCUAGUUUCGGCUCUUAAUGUAAUGAUUCAAACUCCCUCAGUUGCUCUUCCUUCGCAUGAAUUGAUGGACGGAGGAGGUGGAGAGCUGGAGAUAUAACAUACAGGGAGUGGAGACCGUGCAUUGCGUUACAGAUGAAGCAAGCUGUCCUGCCAAUUACCGAGCCCCUUUUUUAUUUAGCAAACUGCAAGGGGACUUGGCCUGCCCUGAACCUGUCUUGUUGACAAGAGAGUUGUACGAGUUGUAGCAUUUUUUUUUUACAUUGACUUGCACAUGAGGAAUGACAAACUUGAACUUUUUCCCCCUUGAAGCCCUCCAAACCCCAGUUUUUGUUCCCUUUUUUUAAUUUCAUGCUCCUUUUCAACCCUGAACCACUCUGUGAUGACAGAGAAAAUGUGAAGGGUAUGAAAAGGUGAAACUUGAAAACGUUUUUUUGUUUUUUUUUCAGAGGAAAUGUUUGUGUGGCAGCCGAUGGUCGUAAGUGACAGUAGAUCAGUGUGUGAGCCAUUUAGCCCAUUUCCGUUUUCUUUUAUAUUAAUGUCCUUUUUUUCUAUGGUGCAUUUUCUACUUGUGUUUCAUAUUUGUGCAUAUGUAGACUAACUUUUCAAAGCCAAAGUCCUCACCCUGAAUGCUUGGAUGUACUCCUUACUGAGAUAUUAUAGACAUGAAGCCCAUGUAUAUUCUUGUAACAUACAUUUAUACAUUAUUGUGCAUAAUAACAACCUCUAAAAGAAGGGCAAAAAAAGCCUUGUUCAAUAAAAUUGACUGAACCAUGAGAAGAAAUAUCUAUGUAGCGAGCCAGGCUAUGACAAAAUUCAGAUAAGAGUUCUGUUAUCAAAAAUGAUAUCAUAUUGCAAAUCUGUGGGAUUUAUCAGGUCUUAUAUCAUCUUUACUGUUGGAGCGUUCUGAUUGGACGAUCUUAAGUAAUUUGGCCUUAUCUUGAUUCACUGCCUCGUCAUUCUCAGACCUAAACCAUAUCUUAAACUGUAAACUUUUAUUUCCCCUUUUGUUCUUUCCCUUUUUAAAUCCUACUUCCUAAAUACCCCAACUGUUGUUUUUAAUUCUGGGGGCAGACUCUGCCUCAGAUAAUUGUGCCUUCAAGUUUUCCUUGGCUUAAUGUCUCGCUAGUAUAGUAAUAACACCCAAACGAGUGCACGUCAAUAGUACACGUUGACUAUGUUUCAGGCAGGACACCCACAUUUUGCCUAUGGUCCUCUGCAUAGUACACUUCUUAUGAAUAACAGGAUAGUAGUGAGGAACCUGGGAUUGAGCUCUGGUUUGAGACAUGGCUAUGUUCUUAUCAUUUGACCUCAGGGGGUAAUUCUAGUGUUUUUGCCUAGUGUCAAAGAUCCGUUUCUGGGUUUGCCUCUGGUAAAUUAUCAUUUAAGAAAAGUAUAUCAACUUUAUUUUGUAUUUUUUACUGUAUUGUAUCCUACUAUAUUUAUGUCUUUGUAAAACUUCUACAAUAUUGAAAUCAGUGAAUGUUGGUACGAUGCUACAAAGAAAAACAAAGUAGUUAAUGCAUUUGAUAAGCUGAACAAAUCAGGUGGGGAGUGAAAUAUAUUUUUUGUCUUUCACAAUGAGAUUUUGGUGGAAAGUGUCACUUGCCAUUGUAUUUUCAGAACUGACUUGUAUAAAUGGCGAUUGUUCAAUUCUAGGACAAUAGAAGGGGGAGGGGGGGGGGGCGGUUCAGGGGAAGCUAACAAGUAUGUUUUUAGACAGCUUAUGUUUAAACUCAAUAACAAUUACAUUAACUUCUUUUUCGUCUGGUACCCAAAGCCAAGGACAAGACAAAGAGAGCUACCAAGACAACAAAAGGAGCAAAAGAAGACGAGCAGCUGCCAUUUUUGUUCACUAAAGCCCAGCUUAGUGUCUAUGAGUACAAAAAUAUAUUUAUAAAGGGUAAAGGUUUAUCAGCAUGGAAAGCGAGCCUUGAAUGUUUUUUGGAUAAUGGAGUCCGAGCAAUUUAGUCAGACAGACAGUGAUAUUGUUGGUGAAUGUGGACCCUGCAUCCCUCAAUGCCAAAGGCCCAGGCUCACCCUAAAGAAUCUUUCCUAUCACACAUCAACAAAAGCAAACAAGCAUGGACCUACCAGUGCAGCCUUGCAUCCACGGACACAGAGACUGGAGCACCUUGGGAACAUAACUAAAGAUUUGAAGAUACAAUGUGUGUGUGUGUGUGUGUGUGUGUGUGUGUGAGAGAGAGAGUAAAAGACUGGUCCCCAUGCUACUUAUCAUUUGUUGUAUGAGAAACAGAGUCAUUGGUGUUCAUUUAAUGUUUCCUUCUGUGCUUUAAGUUCUCGUGAAUUAUGGCCUUUUACAUGCUGUCAGCCCGGCUGUCCCAUUAAAGCAACGGUAUUACUAUCUUGAA